AUUCUCUGCCACCCAUUUUCUUUGUUUUCAUCCGCCGCCCAUCAUGGCUACCACAGCAGCCGUGCGACAGCUCCCACGGCUGUCGCGAUCAGUUCUUGGACAGUGCUCAGUCCAUUUUCCACGCGCGCAGAGAUCUUUUCAUGUCCAACGAACGCCUUCAUGGCUCCCUCGUACCAGCAUUCUCACCCGCCCAAUAAGAGCUCAAAUUCGUCGCGAAUCAACGGAACCACAGCGGUCGCUCACAGAUCGCGACACCGACUCAGCGUCAAGCGAUGCAUCAAAAGAGGCAAGCGAAAUCGCGGCUCGAAAAGCUGAAGAACCCGCUUACGAAUUGACGUUUACGUGCCGCAAAUGCCUCCACCGCUCCUCCCACCGUGUCACCAAACAAGCCUACCAUUUCGGCACGACUCUGAUUACCUGUCCGGGGUGUAAGAAUCGCCAUCUGAUUUCCGAUCAUCUCAAAAUUUUCUCUGAUAAAGGCAUCACGAUUGAGGAUAUCUUGCGGGAGAAAGGACAGUAUCUGAGGAAGGGCAGGCUUGGAGAUGAUGGGGACGUCGAGUUCUAUGAUGAGGAAAACAACGAGAUUGGCCAGAAGCUGGCAGAGGAGAAGAAGCAGAGUGAAAGCUGAGAAACACUAUAUUUAUGGCCAAUACUGGAAUUGCACGCCGGCGGAAUGACACGAACGGCCGGCUCUUCGAUGACUCCUGCCU